GUCGUCUGACUUCAAUCAGAAAGUCAGAAGCAUAUGUGAAGAUUGUGAAGAAAUAUUGUGCAUUACGAGACCAAAUUCAAAUAAUAUUGAAAAGGAAGUACACAGGAAGAUGUCUCUCAAACUGGGCGCCGUCCACUUAACAAAACACACUGGCGCUAAGCACACCGGCACCGUCAUAUUCUUUCACGGGUCCGGCGAUGUCGGUGAAAACAUGAAAGAAUGGGUUAACAUUAUGUUGAAGAACAAAUUCUCGUUUCCUCACUUAAAGGUCCUGUUCCCGACGGCCCCGCUGCAGCCCUACACGCCCGCUGGUGGGCAGAUGAGCAACGUGUGGUUCGACCGCGCCGGAAUAUCGCCACAAGUUCCAGAAAAAACAGAAUCACUCAGCAGAAUUGAGGUUAUAGUCAAAGAUUUGCUACAAAAAGAAAACGAUGCUGGCAUACCCAGUAACAGAAUCAUCGUGGGGGGCUUCUCUAUGGGUGGUUCAUUGACUUUACACACAGCAUACCGGUGGGACAGAAAUAUUGCAGGGGCAUUUGUGUUUAGUUCAUUUCUGAAUGAGAAGUCUUUGGUUUAUGAUGAACUGAAGAGUUCCUCAGGUCAGCUGCCGCCACUGCUGCAAUUGCAUGGAGAUAGUGAUGAGCUGGUGCCCGUGGAGUGGGGUAUAAGUACUCACGACCGGCUGAAGGAGCUCGGGGUCCAGGGAGACUUCAGAGUGUUGCAGAAAUUAGGACAUUCUAUCAACACUAGAGGGAUGCAUCAUAUAAAGGAAUUUAUAGAGAAGUUGCUACCUCCAGAAUGAUUGAUAGUGUGUA